GUGCUCGGGCUCCAGGUGAGCCGGCUCCCUUUCGCGGGUCUUGCGCUGGGAGAGGCCAGGCGAUCGGGCAGGUCGGGGGUCCGUUGGGCGGGCCCGCGCGCACCCGUGGGGCUGCUGGGAGCUCCAGGGUAGAGGGAGGGUCCCGAACUGGCGGUGCGCAGGGAGAGGGAGGGGGCGGCGAGACCAGCACCCCAGUGCGCCCCGAUGAGCCAGCGAGCUGACCUGCUCCGUUUCACCGGCCCCAGGCCUGCGCUUCCGGCUAGAUCGGUCCGAUCCCUCCCUCUCUCGCUCCCUCUUUUUUUUUCUGCUUCCUACAGUCCUGUUUCCCUUGUCCGCCCAGCUCUCCUCCCCCCUUUCCCUCCCAGGAUGGCCCAGAAGGAGAACGCCUACCCCUGGCCCUACGGCCGGCAGACGACUCAGCCUGGCCUGAACACCCUGCCCCAGAGGGUCCUCCGGAAGGAGCCUGCCACCCCAUCCGCGCUUGUCCUCAUGAGCCGCUCCAACACCCAGCCCACAGCCGCCCCUGGCCAGAAGGUGGUAGAGAACAGCAGUGGGACCCCCAACUUCUCCAUGCGAUCCUUCACCAUCGAUGACUUUGAGAUCGGGCGUCCUCUGGGCAAAGGCAAGUUUGGCAACGUGUACCUAGCUCGGGAGAAGAAAAGCCAUUUCAUCGUGGCGCUCAAGGUCCUGUUCAAGUCUCAGAUAGAAAAGGAGGGUGUGGAGCACCAGCUUCGCAGGGAGAUCGAAAUCCAGGCCCAUCUGCAGCACCCCAACAUCUUGCGUCUCUACAACUAUUUCUACGACCGCCGAAGGAUCUACUUGAUUCUGGAGUAUGCCCCCCGGGGCGAGCUCUACAAGGAGCUGCAGAAGAGCCGCACUUUUGACGAGCAGCGAACAGCCACGAUCAUGGAGGAGCUGGCAGACGCUCUGACGUACUGCCACGGGAAGAAGGUGAUUCACAGAGACAUAAAGCCAGAGAAUCUGCUCUUGGGGCUCCAGGGAGAGCUGAAGAUCGCCGACUUUGGCUGGUCUGUGCAUGCCCCCUCCCUGAGGAGGAAGACGAUGUGCGGCACCUUGGACUACCUGCCUCCAGAAAUGAUUGAAGGGCGCACGCACAACGAGAAGGUGGAUCUGUGGUGCAUCGGGGUCCUUUGCUACGAGCUGCUGGUGGGAAACCCGCCCUUCGAGAGCGCUUCACACAAUGAGACCUAUCGGCGCAUCGUCAAGGUAGACCUGAAGUUCCCCCCAUCCGUGCCCACGGGAGCCCAGGACCUCAUCUCCAAGCUGCUCAAGCAUAACCCCUCCGAACGGCUGCCCUUGGCCCAGGUCUCAGCCCACCCUUGGGUCCGGGCCCACUCUCGGAGGGUGCUGCCUCCCUCCGCCCUUCAGUCUGUCCCGUGACUUGUCCCUGUCAUUUAUUCGGUUGUGUCUGUCUGUAUGCCUGUAUCUGUGUGUUUGGAAGGAGGGGUACCUGGCCUGUUCCUCUGUCUGUCUUCUACCUCCUUUUUAUUUAAUAAAGGCUGAAGCUUUUUUAUACAGAA